AUGGACCUCGAGUGGUCUCCGCCGACCCAGGACGUGCUCAACGCCGUCAGCAGCCUGCGCAGUGGCGAUGGCGGGUACGCUCCGAUGCAGCUCGACCUCCCCUGGGAGCUCGAGGGAGGCUCGCCGCCUGCGGGAGGACUCGUCGUCGUCGUUGACACCAACAUCCUCAUCGGCCACCUCCCCCUCCUGCGCGACUUUGUCCACCUCGCUUCGUCCCACCUCGAAUCGCACCGCCCGACUCUCCUCAUCCCGCACAUCGUUGUCGCCGAGCUCGACGGGCUCAAGAACAGCUCUCGCGUCGCCGAGCCGACUCGGGCAGCCUCGGGCGCUCGAGCGCAGAGCAGCAUCGCCGUCCUCGCUCGCGCGGCGACCAACUGGCUCCUCGACGUGCUCGAGCCGGGCAACAGCAGCGCCGUCGUGCGCGGGCAGCGCAAAGGCGAGACGCUCUUCGGUCGAGGUGGCCCGCCACGAGGCGAGAACAACGACUCGCUCGUGCUCGACGCGGCGCUGUUUCACGCCGAGUCGGGCCGGGCCGUCCUCCUGUCGGACGACCGCAACCUGCGCCUGCGCGCGACCAUUGAGGAGGUCGAGGCGCUCGGCGUCGACGACGGUGUCGACGCCCGGCGGCUGCUCGAGCGGCUCGUUCCGGCGACGGCGGGCUCGCCAGCGGCGACGAACGGGAACCAUGCUCCAGCUCGACCGGCGCUCAGCCCCGAGCACUCUCGCCACUCGUCGACGCCCAAAACGCCUCGGCGCCGCCCGUCCUCUCCUCCACGGCGCGCCCCAUCCCCUCCAGCACCGCCGCUCGUCCCGACCCCGUCUCGCCCUUCCCGAAUCACCCGCACGACCUCGAUGGAGCUCGACCCGCCCACGCCGCCACCUCUGCACGCCUCUCUCGGCGCACCGCCUCUCUGGCCGAUCCAGCACCCGCCCGACGUCUUCCGCAACGCGUCGACGCUCGUCGCGCACUUUGUCGCGCUCCAGCUGUACCGCCACGUGUUCGAGCACUUGCGGCGGACGAGGGCGGCAGAGCAAGGGCGGUGGCAGGUCGAGCUUGGCGAUUGGAGGGAGUGGCAGGCGAGGGAGUGCGUCGAGGCGGCGAGGAGGUGGUGGGACGAGGGCGACGUCGUUGGGCUGUGCCGCCUCGGGCUCGAGGCGGCGGCGGUGGGCAGGACGGCGGCCGUCACGCGCUCGCCCCUACAACGAGCUGCGCCGAAGGAUGCGGCACGACCGCCGUCGCCGACGAGCGCUCGGGGCGCGUCAAGCUCGCGCUGGGCCUCUCCGGCAAGCUCGCGCGCUCCCCUCGCCCCGACACCCGUCUCUCCUCCACCUCCCUCACCCUCCCUCGCACCCUCGACCUCAUAUCGCCCCCGACCUUCCGUCGAGCACCAACUGCGCGAGCUGAACUCGUCCCUCCCGAUCCUUUCCUCGACUCUCUCGGUCCCUCCCGACUCGACUCGCACCUGGUCAACGCCGCGGUGGGAGGUCCUCCUCGAGGGCGUCGCGGCGCUUCUUCUCGCGCUCCUCGGUGGGGCGGUCAAGGGCGACGUGCGCGACGAGGUGCAGAGGAUCGUCGGCGAGUGGGUCGAGGACCUAGCGCGGCUCGGGAUCCGGGUCGAGGUCGAGGUGUAGAUGGCCAUCUUUAUCCGCAUUGUCGUUCUUCUCUCCUUC